AGGCUCCCAACCCUGAACCCUCUAUAUAUAUAUCCCUCCUCUCUCGUCUCUCUUUACUCUAGUGCCGCUCCUUCUCCUCUGCUCGCAGUCUGUUGGAUUUCUCUCUAGCUUAUCCCCUUUAAAAUUACAAUGGCCAAAUCUUUUGCUUGCUUCGUUCUCUUAGCUCUCAUAGCCAGCUGCGCUCUCGGCCAAGCUCCCAGCUCUGCACCAACCAAGUCACCACCCUCGUCCUCCCCGACUCCAGCUCCCAAGAGCUCUCCAACCAAGGCUCCCACCGCUUCCCCAACCGCUUCUCCACCGUCAACUUCCACUCCUCCAUCUUCAGCCCCUAAAUCUUCUCCAACUUCCUCUCCUACCAGCUCUCCUCCAGCCCCUCCCACGGUUCCUACUGGUGCUCCAACUACAGCUCCCUCUCCCACAAGCUCCAUCAGUCAGCCACCCGCUUCGACUCCAACUUCUUCACCAAGCGCCGCUGCUUUGAAUAGAGUCACCGUUGUCGGAUCUGCCGUUACAGUCGUUUUGGCAGCUGCUGCGUUGUUGAUGUAGAUCUGACUUUGGAGAGGACUUGGAUUGAUGAUUUUAUUUUAGGCCAUUGUUAAAUUCUUAUUUUUCGUAGGAAUUUUAGUAGUUUAUUUCUUUUUUUUUUGUUAAUUUUUAUUUAUAUUUUGACGGUGGUGACGAUUUUAUAUCUCGAUAGCCUGUUGUUAUUUUGACGGUUGAGAUUCGAUUGCUUACUCUUGGUUGUUAUUUAUUAUUGUCAUUAUUCUAUAUUUAUGUAUCUCUUUUUACUUCAGUUCAA